UUCCCCUAAAAUUGGCUGUCAAACAGGCUUUGGAUGUUGCUAGAGGCAUGGCAUAUGUUCAUGGACUUGGGUUGAUCCACAGGGAUUUGAAGUCUGAUAAUCUUCUGAUUUUUGGGGACAAAUCAAUUAAAAUUGCUGACUUUGGUGUUGCUCGCAUUGAGGUGCAAACUGAAGGAAUGACACCUGAGACUGGAACAUACCGUUGGAUGGCUCCGGAGAUGAUCCAGCAUAGGCCUUACACACAAAGAGUGGAUGUGUAUAGCUUUGGGAUUGUUCUUUGGGAGCUUAUCACCGGAAUGCUUCCAUUUCAGAACAUGACAGCAGUGCAGGCUGCAUUUGCAGUUGUGAACAAAAAUGUUCGCCCGAUCAUACCCAACGAUUGUUUACCUGUUCUCCGUGACAUUAUGACAAGAUGCUGGGAUCCCAACCCUGAUGUCCGGCCACCAUUUGCAGAAAUUGUAGGAAUGCUUGAGAAUGCAGAGACCGAGAUCAUGACAACUGUUCGGAAGGCUCGAUUCAGGUGUUGCAUGACACAACCAAUGACUGCUGACUGAUCCUGAUAAAAAAAAAAAGAAAGAAGAAAAACAGAUGAAAGAGUCAUAAGACUGAUGAUGUUUUGGAGGGAACAUGAGACUGAGGUAGUAAAGGGUUGACUAUAUUAUAGAUUUGUGUAUCAUGUGUGUUUAAUUUCUUUCUUCAGAAGGAGAAAAAUUGAAAAUCUUAACUGGAACCUUUUGUUUUAUUGGCUUUCUAUUUAUUUUCUGUUUUGAAUUAGUAAGAGGAGAUUUGUGUAUGUAAUACAUGCAUGCACUACAGUUAUGUAUAGCUUUGAAAGCAAAAAUGGUUGAAAAUCUUGUGUUCUGCUCGUGUAUGUACAAUUAGGAUUGAUAUUUUCUUAAAAACCUGUGGGAUGUGAUUCUCGGAAUAUUCAUACAAAUA